AUGAACACAUAUAAUAUCCGAUCUUUCGUGUAACUGAGAGUAUUUAUGUCUACAUCUCGGGGUAGACCCGCAGAACCUGAUACACUGUCAUUAUUACGAGAUAGCGCCCGGCGAUGAAACGCGCGUUGUGAUCAAGCGCUACACUUGCUGAUAGCAGGGCUGCGUCGCUGCAUUCGCUGGAUUUACGGUGUUCUGUUGAACGUUAUGUGUCGCUGCUGGAUAUGAGACGAACAGUAUCUAUAGAAGCGCGAUGGGACUGUUCUCGCCUCGCACAGGCCUUCCGGAGGCUGACAGGCUCCUCUAAAAACAAUCGGCGUGAAACGUUAUGAUUGCGGUUUUUUUACUCAGCACUGCGAGUAAAUAUAUUUAGUCAGAUAGGCCAUGCAAAUAUUCUAAAUUAGGAUCGACUGGAUGUUGUAGGCUGCGAAUAAACUCUUGCGGUAGCCUGAGAAUGGUUCGUCUGGAGUUCUGAUGCGCGCACUGUGAGUGAAAUGGAAACCUUCAGCACGAGGACAUUUUAAAUCACCGAGACUUGUUUUGAAGAGAUUCGUCAGUGAUUCGUUAGAAAGGCUGUGAGCCACGUUUUACCGGGUGCGCAUCCUGAUGCGUGGGCUCCCUUGAUUUAGGGGACCGUUCGUACUCUGAAGAGAGAAUCGUUUCGUCUUUGGGGAGGAUCCGCCAUGCCCACCUCUCGUUCCGGCGCCGGUGCGGUGGAAUACUGGGUCGAAGGCUCGCGCCGAGACGUCCCCGUGGAGGAGUUCUACACCACGGGCCCAGAACUGGGACGAGGGGCCACAUCAGUGGUUUUUCGUUGUGAAGAGAAGCAAACAGAGAAGCCCUACGCAGCUAAGGUGUUGAAGAAGACUAUCGACAAGAAAAUUGUGAGAACAGAAAUAGGAGUUUUGUUGCGUCUUUCCCAUCCAAACAUUAUCCGCCUGAAAGAGAUCUUUGAAACGGAAACUGAGAUCUCUCUCAUCUUAGAGCUGGUGACUGGGGGUGAACUGUUUGACAGGAUUGUGGAGAGAGGCUAUUACAGCGAGCGGGAUGCUGCCCAUGUGAUCAAGCAGAUUCUGGAGGCUGUGGCGUACCUACAUGAAAAUGGAGUAGUUCACAGGGACCUCAAACCAGAAAACCUCUUGUAUGCCGAUCUGUCAAUAGAUGCCACACUCAAGAUAGCGGACUUUGGGCUCUCCAAGAUAAUAGAUGAGCAAAUGACAAUGAAGACGGUCUGUGGCACCCCUGGCUACUGUGCUCCUGAAAUUCUCCGUGGCAAUUCUUAUGGCCCAGAGGUGGACAUGUGGUCUGUGGGAGUCAUCCUGUACAUAUUGCUGUGUGGGUUUGAACCAUUUUUUGAUCCAAGGGGUGACCAAUAUAUGUACAGCCGUAUCCUCAACUGUGACUAUGAGUUUGUCUCCCCCUGGUGGGAUGAGGUUUCCCUCAAUGCAAAGGAUUUGGUGAGUAAGCUGAUAGUGCUGGACCCUCGUAAGCGUCUGAAUGUGCGUCAGGCCCUGGAGCAUCCGUGGGUACUUGGCAAGGUCGCACGCUUCUCCCACAUGGACACCACGCAGAGAAAGCUUCAGGAGUUCAAUGCUCGUCGCAAACUGAAGGCGGCUAUGAAGGCUGUGGUGGCCACAAGCCGCAUGCAUGAGGGCUCGAGGCGGCGGACAGACAGCUGUGAGAUAUCCAACUCCGACAAGAACUCACGGCAAAUCAGCUGCGAGAUCCCCAAAUCCGACAAGAACUCACGGCGAAUCAGCUCGCAGAGGGAAGCUCCCAUGGACAUCCAGAGUGAGCGUGUUGCUGUCGAACAAGAUGUGGACAAAGCUGUGGAGAAGGAGGCAUUACAUGAUCUCAUUCCACCUAUCCACCCCCCACAUGGCUCCAAGUCGCCCAUGCUCCCCCUGGGCCCCCUUCCCAACAGGCCACCCCUGAAGGUAGAGGGGCUGAGACAGACCUCCGUCAUCCCAAAAGCUCCCGUUGUCCGACCAAGGGCACCAAAGAAGAGCUGCUCAGUGGAUCCUGGGGGCAAGCAUUAGCCCUCGUCUGAUCUCACCAAACCCCCAGCCCCAAGAACAUCAGCAAUGGCUUCAUCACAGGGGUGGAAACUGGAAACAGUACAGACAGUGAGUGCCAGGGAUCCAAAGCAUUUUAUUUCUUAAUAUGACACUAAGAGUGGGUAUGUCCUAAUAUAAAAAAGGACAGAUAAGGCCUAAAAAUAUUUUACUAUUAAACUUUUGGAUAUGGAUCCAUAAAACAAUAUUUGUUCAUGAGAACUUACAUUGCUUGCAUCUCCAAGGAGGCUCUUGCACUUCCCUUCAGGACUACACUACCAAUUUUGAAAUCUGCUUCUACUUCACACAUACACCAUUGCCAAUGAGUGAGUUUCUCAUCUUGAAAUUAAUUUCUAUGUUCUUGUUAUUAUAUGCAAACAGACAUGCAAACUGUAUGGUCAGUGCUUUUCUCUUAUUUAGCAUUAAGGUAGAAAGGACAAAGUUGUUGUGAAAUUAAUGAUGUAAAGGUCUAUUGUUUGGAAUGACUGGCAUAAAGGCAUUAAGUUUGUAUUUUAUAUACUAUUUUGAAAUAGUUAUAUAAAUAUUCAGUUAUCCUUAUUGGUUCUACAUGCUUAUUUAUUGCAUUAUACAUGAGUAUAGUAUAGAUCCUAUAUAUUACACUAUGUUUGGACAAACGUUUAUUUGAUGCACAGACAAACUGAGGGUAGGAAACCACGUGUGAUGAUCAUGCAUAGCAUGUUGUGUAAGAUUAUGUGCAGCUCAAACAGGACAUUUCUGUGCCAGAAACACAAGAUUCCCUCCCAAGGACUUUACUGGAGGUGAUGUAAUAGUGGAUCACCACAUAGGUUUUAGCAUCUCAGCCCUUUUUACUUGAUCUGUUUACUUGUAACCAUUUCCAUAAGCAGCAAUGGUGAAGAAAUCCCACUUACACUUGUAUGCAAGCCCAUGAGUCAUGUCCAGCAUUCAGCUGCAUUCCAUACCUGCACUGUAGAAAAAGGUACUAUUUACAUUUUCUAAGAUGGGGAGAUAUGCACAUUAUGCUCUUUUCAUAUGGAUGUAUGUCUCAACCACACUUUCUACCUCUUUUCUGAACAGGGGCUUCCAACCUCUUAAAGACUAUUCUGGAAAAAAAAAAAAAAAAAAAAG